AUGGGAAAGCCCCGGAAACAAGCUUUGCCAAUCUGUGGCUGCCGGGUGUGCAAGGCUGGAGGGCUCAUCCUGUUGGCAAGCAGGGCCGCACAUGCCCUGCGCAGCCGUCAGCCAUCCCGCCCCAAAGACGUGGUCUUGGCGCUGGGCAGGAUGUGCGCUGAUCGCCCUGAGAGAAGUGCGCGUGAGAAUCACCUCCAAGCUGAAGUUCUCAAGUUGAAUGACCUGUACAAUGCCUACGAAACUGGUGUCCGCCAUACCAUGCCAUUCCGCAGUCAACCUCAGCAAACUGCACGGACGCCACCCUUGCCAAAAAAGCAUGCUGUUGAAGAAGACUGGGGCAAGGCACCUUCUAGAAUGUUCCAAUGGUGUUGUAAGUAA